UUAAGAGGUGCAUUUAUUUACAUGAUGAACGAGCAGCCCCACAGGAACAUUUACACGUCAUCAUCAUCAUCAUCAUUAUUAGUCCAGAGAGACGGCCGCUUAUUAAUGCUCCUGUCCUCUCUCUCCUCAUCGGUUCGGUUCUCUCAUCAUCAUCAGUCGGGACUUAAUGAGUUUGGCACUGAUUAAAGCGCCUGUCUGCUGAUGAAUUGGGCUGGAUUCCGCCUGUUCAACGCUCGCCCUUUAAAAUGGAGUUUGUGGAGAGGAAACGGAGCAGGAAAUCUAAGAGCUUUAAACUGGUCAGCGAUGCAGAUUUCAGCCACGAGCUGGAUGAUGUGGACCAGAAUGACAGCGAAGGAGACCUGGACGCAUCUGAGACUGAAGUCUGGUUAGGUGAUGACGGGAUGGAGAUAAAGAGGCAGAUAACAGGCAUGAUGCGCUUGCUGAGUGAUAAGACGGGACGAGUGUACCAGCGGGUUGGACGAGAGGGGGAGACCCUCAAAAAGGAGCCCCAGGAAGAGGCCCUCAGCCUGCCUGUCACCCAGAGCCUGUCCCUUGAAAACCUCCAGUACGGCUGGAGCUCUGGCCUGCCUCUGGAGCACGGACAGAAUGGCACCCACUCCAAAAACCAAAGGGUGCUGAAUCACUCAAAAGCUUACGACACGGCCUUGCCCGCUGCGCCGGCUGCCAUGGCAACUGAGCCCAGCUGCUGUAUGUGCAACUGUAAGAGCACCCUUCAGGCCAUUCUGCUGGAGUUACGUACCAUGAGAAAACUAAUCCAAACUCAAAGAGGAACUCAGGACAAACAGGGUUCCCACGUUCCAAUUUCAGCAUCCCGUUCCUCAAUCUCCAGGAGGAGGAGCCGAAAAAGAAGGCCAGGCCACAGAGUGACAGUCUUGACCACGCCCACUAAAAGAACCACACCUCCAUCGCCGCCUUCUGAGGCUGAUGCUGUAAAGGAAUCCGAUCAGAGAGAAAGACAGUCCAAAGAGGACACGCCCUCCACAGUGGUGACAUGUAUCCCAGAUCCCAUUCCCAUUCCCAGUGUGAAGACUCCUCCCCCUCACUACAACGUAAACAGAGUACAAAACACCACUGAGCCGGAGGUGCAGUUGGCCGAGGAUUAUGAUGUAUUUAUUCCUAAAGCACAGUUGGACUCGAUCUUACUGAACUACACCCGCUCUGGCAGUCUGCUCUUCAGGAAACUGGUGUGCGCUUUCUUUGACGACGCCACGUUGGCCAACUCGCUGCCUAACGGUAAGAGGAAGAGAGGUCUGAACGACACCAGGAAAGGACUUGAUCAGAACAUAGUGGGCGCCAUUAAAGUGUUCACAGAAAAGUAUUGCACUGCCAAUGGAAUUGAGAAGCUUCCCGGCCCCCGAGACUGGGUCCAGAUUCUACAAGACCAGAUUAAACUUGCCCGUCGGCGCUUAAAAAGAGCAGAGACGGCCUCAGAAAGUAAUGAGAUCCUGCACAGGACAUGUACAGACAAAACAGAGGAGCGUCCGGGGACUUUUGUGAAAGUGGAAACUGUGGCAAAAUGGUACUGAAUGCACACCUGAAGUGAGUGGCAUUAUUCUUCUGUUCCGCAGGUGCUGCUCAUGAGAGAACCGACGGUCCAGUUGCCAUUGACACUGCCUGAACAGACACUGUU